GAUGACAGAGGCUUAAUUAAAUAAAAUAACCCCCCAAAAAAAGUAAAGACCUCGCAAGCUAAUCUAGUCAACCAAAUCUCGAAUUACCUUAUUCCUUAUUUUAAAUCAUAUAUGCUCGGUGUUCUCGAUUCUCGAUAUCUGUGCUCUCUUCCGCUGGUUGUAUAUAAGUCACACAACCCACAAUCAAUCGAUAAUUCAUAAUCCAUCAUGGCUUUGACUUGGACUUGGGUUUAGGAUCCGUAAAGUGUGUCCACCGUCCGUUGUCCGCUGGAUCCUGAACAUCCAUCACCCAUGAUCCAUCCAUAUUCAUAUCUAUCUAUACAUGCCACACGCACAGAUACCAUACGCACAUCUACAUGCCACAAUAAUACCACAAUAAUACCACAAUAAUAUUACACAUAUCACAUAUAUCACACAUAUCACAAAUACCACAUAUACCACAUAUACCACAAUAACCACCAUAUCAUAGAUACAAAAACAGACGCAAAAGCACUUUCAUGCUCAUCAUUAGAUUUUGCGCAUCCGUUCACGCCCCGAACCUGACAUCCAUCACACAAUCUUUGCGAUGCGAAUGUGAUUUUCAAAGUGGCAUUUUUGACGUUGGGAUUGUAUCAUAUAGCUCGAAAGCCCGUUAAGCUACCCCAACGGAUUUUGUUAGUGUGAGUUGUUAGUCGGUAUCAUACCAGUACCAACACUCAAUCAAAUUUCACAAAGGAAAUUUUUACAUAUAACACAUAUUUCCGUCACUCAACCACAUUUUUCACAUUAACUUGUCUUUUAAUGUUGGAACUGAAACUGGGAAUCCACCAUCAACUCAACAACCGUCAACACAAGCAACAUGGACCUCUCGAGAGAAGACGAAUAUUUUGAGUGGGUGGAUCGUACGGAUGUGGUGGAUCUUGCACCGCGAAUAAUUCGUCAACCCGAAAUCUCAGCCUUGAAAGUAAUUUGCAUGGACGAUGCCGACGAGGAUGAAUUCGAAUUUCCAAGGUACGACGAUAUACAAUGGAGCAACGCCCAUGAGGAUCACGUUCCCAAGGAGGAAUAUGACGCUCAAGUCGACUAUUACCUUCAAUCUCCCUCGCUCCAACCGACAUACCUCGAGGAUGAUGUAUCAUUGUGCAGCACUCCGCCAACCCUCUCUCCGUCAGACCAAUCACCAGCAUCCGAACUUUCGGAACUACCGGAAUCCACAGAACCUUGCGACAUCACCGAAACCGUGGACGACUUGGGUGUCCGAGUUAAGCCAUCACAUCAUGUAGAUUAUCUCGCGCACGAUUGGCCAGAAGAGGAUUUAUGGGCGUCCUGGAAAUUCAUUCAAUCACAUCGUACCGCAUAUGAAAAUAGCAAAAGACUAGAGAAUGCGUCCUGGAGAGGUUGGGCGAAAAAACGAUCCAAUCUGAAAACAAUCGACCCGUCAACAUUUGGCUGGGAAAAGGACCAUGACACAACAUGGCUAUAUGGACCACUCCACCAGCAAGAGCCCUCGAAAUCUUUAUUCUCUUCUCAAAUGGAUUUGGAUUGUCGACCAAAAUUGACGAGAUCGUUAUCAUACGCAGACGUCAGUGUCAAGCCGAUUCUUAAACAACGAGGAAUAUGCGAUGUAUUAUUGAAACGCUCAUCAUCGGCGGGAUUGGAAUCGAUGGAAUCUUCAUUGCCUUCCCUUUCCUCUGGCAGAUCGUCCCCUACAUCGACCUCUUCAAGAAAAUGUGUUCGCUUCAACGAUGAAGUUGAACAAUACAUCGCAGUUAAUAAUUCAUAUGAAGGCGUAACCGAUUAUACGAUGGGAAAAUCUACCGUGGAAGGAAAUUCAUCUGCGUCCAUGGCUCACUCGUCUUCGAAAUCGAAUAUGCGAAUUGUCGCCAAGCUUCCAAAUUCGACUCUGAAGAAUACGGUCGAGGUUGAUAAUAUCUCUGCCGCGGCUUACAGUCUACAACAAUCUUUGAUACAAGAUCAUUUCGUCCUCCCGAGGUUCGAAUAUGAAGAAUACGCUAGUGCAGCGAAUGGUGAUGAUGAUGAGUGGGAGCUUUCGAUGAUGGGGAUGGAUUUCAAGACGUCGACGACUUCGAUUUCAGUGGGAGGAGGUGGUGUUUAUUAAUCUGGGUAAUGUUUCACACUUAGCAUGGCGUCUGGGUGAAUGGAAUAAAUAAUAGCAGCAUAACUGGUGUUUUGCAUAGCAUGUUCGGGGGGAAUUAUGGGAUGAUUGAUACCACUUGCUACUCGGUGCCCUUGGUGGGCCACUCGACUGGCUGAAAUUUGAAGAGGAACGCAAUGUUCUCGCCGGUACUGUAACGGCCGGGAUGAUUUUGUACGCGUAGCAUAGCACAUAGCAUAAUAUGAAAGAAAGAAAUUAAAACCUAAAACA